CGGGCGGGACCGGGCUGGACAGGGACAGAGCGGGGAGACGGGCAGGGACAGGGGCUCGGCCGUGCCCCAGGGACGGGCCAGUGAUGGGGUGCCGGCCCCGCGAGCAGCUGGUGAGGCGGGAUGGUGCUGGUGCUGGCACUGUGGGCCUGCCUGGCACUGGGCACAGCCAGCGAGGAGAGCCCGGCACCCGAGCCCCUGGCAGGCGGGCAGCCCUUUGCCGUGGUGUGGAACGUCCCCACCGAGCGCUGCCAGCGCCGCUUUGGCAUAGGGCUGCCCCUCGGCGACUACGGCAUCGUGGAGAACCAGGGUGGCCACUUUGCUGGCCAGAACAUCACCAUCUUCUACAAGAACAAGUUUGGGCUGUACCCCUACCUGUCACAGCACGGUGUGCCCCAUAACGGGGGCCUCCCCCAGCGUGUCUCCCUCGAUGCCCACAUCAACAGGGUGGCUGAGGACAUCCGCCUCCUCCUGCGACCUGCUUUCCAUGGCCUGGCCGUGGUGGACUGGGAGGAGUGGAGGCCCUUGUGGGCCCAGAACUGGGGAGCCAAAAGGAUAUACCGGACAGCCUCGGAGCAGUGGGUGCGGGAGCAGCACGGCUUCCUGCCGGCACGGCAGCAGCUCCGGCUGGCCCAGCUGGAGUUUGAGCGGGCGGCACAGGCUCUGAUGGAGGAGACGCUUCUGGUGGGCCGAGCCCUGCGCCCCGGGGGGCUCUGGGGUUUCUACCGCUUUCCCGACUGCCUCAACAGCAACUGGGCCAAGGAGGCAAACUACACCGGGCGGUGCCAGCCGGCAGAGGUGCAGCGGAACAACCGUCUGGGCUGGCUCUGGGCCGCCUCUUCUGCCCUGUACCCCAGCAUCUACCUGCCGCUGGCGCUGCCGCCCACGCUGCGCCGCCGCUUCGUGCACCACCGGCUGCGCGAGGCGCUGCGCGUGGCCGCCCGCGGGGCCCACGGCCUCCUGCCCGUGAUCCCCUACUCCCGCCUCUCCUUCCGCCGCUCCUCGCGCUUCCUGCAGCUGGCUGACCUGGUGCACACCAUCGGGGAGAGCGCGGCGCUGGGAGCGGCUGGAGUCGUGCUCUGGGGAGACCUGUCCUACUCCCACUCGGCUGAAAGCUGUGCCAGCCUGCACCACUACCUCGUGUCCACCCUGGGUCCCUACGUGGCCAACGUGACGGCAGCAGCCCGAGAGUGCAGCUACGGGCAGUGCCACGGGCACGGGCGCUGUGUGCGCCGGCAGCCCCACGAGCUGGGCACCCUCCUGCACCUCGGCCCCGGUGCCAGCCCGUGGGCUGCUUUCCGCUGCCACUGCUACCGUGGCUGGGCAGGGGAGGGCUGUGCCCAGCGGGUAUGGCUCAGCCCUGCCACCUCCUGCCAGGUGCCCGCCCACUCUCACAGCCUCUAUGGGCACAAGGAUCUCACAUCCUCUGACACCUGCUUGCCACAGGGCACGUGGGGCUGGUGACAAAGGCCAGGGACCGCCGCGGUCCCCUACCCCAGCAGUGCUGCUGCUGGCACUUCCUAUGGUCUCAUUAACCUAAAUAAAUUCUCCUGGCACAGCUGG